AAAUGCGCAAACCCGGAAUGUUCGAUUAUAAGGGCCUUAAUCAAUAUAUAGAUAUAAAAACAAAGAAAAACCAAUUGAUUUGUCAAAAAUUAUUCGCAUCAAGUUAAAAACAAUGUCCAUAAUUUACAGACUUCUUACCCAACGCUGUUUAACAAGGCGAAGCAUGGAAGUGAACAAAUGUUUCGUUCCCUUCCACUGUAAAACAACCUGCGCCACAAAAGUUACAAUCAAAAGCCUACCUUUCAAAAAGGAUCCCCAUCCCGAAAAGGACCACGAUUUGCGAAAUAGAAAAAUAAGACGUCAUCUCUCUCCGUGCCUCAGUAUUUACGCCUCAGAGCUGCACAGUUUUAUGUCAUUGAGCCACAGAACGUCAGGCAUAGUUGCUGCGUUUUACGUCUAUCUGUUAGGGAAUCAGGCAAUUUUAUUACCAUGUGAUAUUGAGUAUUAUCUGUCGUUAGUCAACGACCUGCAUUUGGGUUCAGGGAUAUUUUUAGUCAAAUUCUUAUUUAUCAUCCCUUUCAUGUUCCACUAUUUAAAUGGAAUAAGGCAUCUUAUUUGGGACUUGGCGAAGUUAUUGGAAAUGAAACAGAUCAAAUCGACUGGUACGGCAGUCAUAGCGCUCGCCUUGGGGGCUUCAUGUUUGCUUCUUUUUGUGUAAAUGUCAUGUUUUUAAUAGAAUGA